AUGAAAGAUUGGCAAGGUAGUCAUCAUUCAAUUAAACAACAUCCAGAGCUAUACCAUACAACUGUACUUGGAAAGAAGACAUUGAUUCACCAUCCAGAGUCAAAUAUAGCAGAGACAUCACAUCAAAUAGAGACUGCAUUCUUAGAGUUAGAGAUAUCAAAUACAGAUCCUACUUAUCCAGUUACACCUGUAAUUGGUCCAUAUCUCAUUGAUCGUAUAGAGAUUGGUGUAAAUGGAGAUCCAAAUCUAGUUCAAACAUUGUCAUCCGAUUGGUUUGUAUAUCCAAGAGCAAACCCAAUCAGACCAGAGGAUACUGGUAAUGAUGGAAAGUUGGUAUUCUCAUCGAUUAGUUGGAGAUUGACAUCAAAGAGGAAUGAUCUCAUCGAGACAUCACAUAGAUCAUUGUUGAAACAAAAUCAUUUGAAGAUACCUUACAUGAAUGUACAAUCGAUGACAUGGUCUGGAAGAUUAAGAUCUGGAGUUAUGACAGAGAGACGUAAUUGGGUAGGUCAUAGUCAAAGAUAUCACAACUGGAUCUCGGUAUCCACUUCAACGAUCUUCUCUCUCACGUCAUCUUCGAUAAAGUACAAUGGUGUAUAA